AUGGCCUCCGAAAGCAGCGCCCCGGCCACGGCGGCGCCGGCAGCACCGCAGACCUACUCAACCGAUCCCGCCCUCUACAUCUACACCUCCCUCACAGCCGGCUCCUCCCACAUUGUCACCGCCACCUCCCGCCUGGAGACCAUCCUCCGCGCCAACCGCGUCCCCUUCAAAGCAAUCGACAUCGCCGUCGACGAGAAAGCGCGCAUGCUCUGGGGCCGCCGCGCAGGCAAAGACGCCUCGGGCCGCCAGAGAAAGAUCCCCGGCCUAGUCCAAGAAGGCCUCGUCCUCGGCGACCUAGUAGAAAUCGAAGAAUGGAACGAAUACGGCGAACUCAAACAACACGUCCAAAUCUACUACGACGACUUCACCAUCCCCUCCAAAUCCGCCGCCCCCCCCCCCAUCGUCCAAAAACCAGUCACCACCUCCAAACCUGCCCUUCCACCGGUGGCUCCUCAGAACCUGGUCAAGGCCACCACUCCCGCGCCGCAACAUCCUGCCUCGUUGCCAAUCCGCUCCAUCGUCGAAGAAGCUGCGCAAAAAGCGAAAAAGAAUCAGCUGAAUGCGUUGAGGAGCAAGGCUGCUGCUGCUAGUGCAAAGGUGCAGGAGAACGAGGGGAAGGAAAGCAAAAAAGAGGAGACUCCAGCGGGAUUUCAGAGCCCGACGAGCACCGGGUGGAAGAGCUCUGGCGAUAAAACGAUUGAGACCACGAUUCAGAGCCCUACGACCACGAGCUGGAAGGGGAGUCUGCCCAAGGACGUGGACCCGCCCGUGACGAACGUGCAUGGGAGCCCGAUUGAGAGGGUGAGCAAGGAGGAGAUUGAGGCGGUGGAGAAGGCCGAGGCGAUUAAGGAGGAGAGCAGUGAGGAGGAGGAGGAGGAGAGUAGUGAAAAUGACAAGAAGCUAGAGGAGAAGAAGUAAAUACGGACAUGUUUGAUUCGUGGGUUGAUAAUGUGUUGCGAGUUUGGGUUCUUCGGAGGUGAGGUUGGUGUUUGAUAGUUUCGGUUUAACUAGGUGAUUUGAUAUGUGCUGUAGCAAGGAAGGCCUGCCUGCAUGGUGUAUAUGGUUUACUUUUCAAUGUCAGAUGCUUUUCAGUUCAUGUUGGUGAGGAGAAAGUCGCUAUAGAUAUCGCAUGUGAUUUUCAUUUCACAGUCGAAAAAUAAAUAAAAAAAACAUGUAUUAUUUCCCAUUUAUGAC